AUGAGCAACCGUAAUGUUAAAAAUCCAUAUCUCUUCGAGAUUUCAUGGGAGGUCGCUAACAAAGUUGGAGGAAUUUAUACUGUCAUAAGAUCCAAAACUCCUGUAACAGUUCAUGAAUUUGGCGACAGAUAUUGCCUCAUAGGCCCAUUAAAUUACAAGACUGCAGCUGCAGAGGUAGAAUCAGAGGAAGUGAAGAAUUGGUGCAUGAAGGAAAUUCUUGAUGAUAUGGCAUCUCAAGGAAUCAAAUGGAUGUACGGCCGAUGGCUAAUUGAAGGAGCUCCUCAUGUUUUAUUGCUCGAUACGAAUUCUAUAAGUGACAGAUUAGAUUCGUGGAAAACCGAUUUAUGGAAUUUCGCGGGAAUUCCUUCACCGCCAAAUGAUUCUGAAACCAACAGUGCUGUUCUUUUUGGCUAUCUUGUUGCUUGGUUUUUGGGCGACUUCGUUGUUAGAGAAAGACAUAAGGCCGUUAUUGCUCAUUUUCAUGAAUGGCAAUCCAGCAUAGCGAUUCCACUUAUGAGAAAACGACGCACGGAUCUGACAACAAUUUUUACCACCCAUGCUACUUUGCUCGGUCGUUAUCUAUGUGCUGGCUCUGUGGAUUUUUAUAACAACAUUAACAAGUUCCCUGUUGACGAAGAAGCAGGAAAACGUGGAAUAUAUCACCGUUAUUGCAUAGAGCGCGCUGCAGCUCAUUGUUGUGAUGUUUUUACAACUAUUCAUAAGUUUGUAAGAGGUCAUUUCUACGGUCAUUAUGAUUUUGAUCUAGAUAAUACAUUAUAUUUCUUCACGGCUGGCCGUUAUGAGUAUAGGAACAAGGGUGUGGAUAUGUUCAUAGAGUCUUUGGCUCGUCUCAAUAACCGUCUGAAACAAAGUAAUUCACCAAUGACUGUCGUUGCAUUUAUUAUUAUGCCUGCUGCUACUCAAUCGUUUGCCGUGGAGGCAUUAAAAGGACAGGCCGUCACAAAACAACUUGAAGAAACGGUUAGAGAUAUUACGGAUAGAAUUGGUCAACGUAUCUUUGAGAAAGCUGCAAGAUAUGCUGGUGGUAACAUUCAAGAAGCUGUCGUAGACGCAGAUGAAUUGCUCACUACUGAAGAAAUGGUACUACUUAAACGUCGUGUGAUUGCACUUAAACGAGGCACGCUUCCACCAAUAGUCACCCAUAACAUGGUUGACGAUGCGACAGAUCCUAUUUUGAUGCAAUUACGUCGGUUACAAUUGUUCAACCAUCCUUCAGACCGAGUGAAAGUUAUUUUCCAUCCCGAAUUCUUGUCUUCAAAUAAUCCACUAAUUGGCUUGGAUUAUGAGGACUUUGUUCGUGCCUGCCAUCUUGGUGUAUUUCCGAGUUAUUAUGAACCAUGGGGAUAUACUCCAGCUGAAUGCACAUUAAUGGGAGUACCAUCAAUUACUACCAAUCUUUCAGGAUUUGGAUGUUACAUGGACGAGACAAUUGAAAAUCCGACCGACUAUGGUAUAUACAUUGUAGAUCGUCGAAUGAAAAGCGUUGAAGAAUCACUACAGCAAUUGACAAACUACAUGGUGGAAUUCUGUCAGAAAUCUCGACGUCAACGAAUUAAUCAACGAAAUCGAACCGAGAGAUUGUCAGAUCUAUUAGAUUGGAAAAUGAUGGGAAUGGAAUAUGUAAGAGCAAGAAAGCUAGCAUUACAUAGAACAUAUCCAGAUUCAUUUGCUAACGAUCUAGAUAAUGAUUUCGAGCAUUAUAAAACAAAGAUUCCACGACCAGUAUCGGUACAUGGAUCACCCAGAAUAAAGGGGACCACUUUCGGUUUAGAUGAUUUGGCAGAACAGAUGGAAGAUCUGGGAUUGGGAAUUUCGAAUCAUGACGACGAGGAGGAAUAUCAAUUUCCUUUAAUUGUUAGAAAACGCA